GUAACGGCUCCGCUUGCGCUUCAAUGUUGCAGGCAGCGUGGAAUCGGAGCGCGCGAGCGUAUGGGAGGAGAACGUGCGCAAAUAAGAUAUUGGGGUUCCCAAAUAACGGGAACAGGAAGGCAGACAGACCAAAACACGCAGGCGGAUGGACGGAAAUAUAGGCAAGUGUUCUUAAAAACCAGCGACAAAUCGAGCUCUUUUCCCCUGAUGUUUUCGUGCUUUAUUCAUUUGUUUGCCUUAUUUAGUCAUGUAUCGAUUGAUUGCGUUUUAAUUACUGGCGUGUGACAAGGUGCGUGGGAGGAGGGGCGAAUCCGGCGAGCACGUUGAGUUGCCUUAUUUUUCUAUAGAUUUUUAAUUUAAAUGAGCAAAAUAAGCAGACGAUUUUAACAACGUUUACUACUUUGUGUAAAUGAAUGUGACCUGUAGCUGCUAGAACAAGGAAGAGAGCUAUAUAAGAGCUAGACCAAAAAAUGCACCACAUAUCCAAGUAAUAACAAUAUCCGCUGUCUUUUAUACGUUAUACAGUCAGGGUAAGAAAUCUUUUUUUCCUCUAUUAUAAUAAAUGCAGAAAGGUCAGUUUAUUUUACAAGCAAAUAACCAAAGUUAAAGCGACUGCAACCAAGGGGGAAGCAGCAGGCCAGCUGAACAGUGUCAACCAGGACAGAAACACUACAGGAGAGAACGGGGGAAUCGAGAUAUGCAGUUAUACCUAAACGUUCGCAAACAUAAUUAGCCUUUGAGUGACAGAUAUAGAGCCUAUGUUCGGCAAGCAAGUCGAACAGUAUACCAAAUACUGUAGCUUAAUACCAAAACAAAUAGACAAACGUGAAGUAAUAGUGAAAUAACCCACGUUUGUCUUGUUUCAAUCCGUCUAUCCGCCUGUGUGCGCGCGCUGGGAAAAUACAAUCGGGCUGCGCGCGCGUCUGCGUAUCUAUGCAUGUAGAUCAAAAGUAAACUACAAGCGAAAAGGGAAAGUAGAAACGCUAAAAUAUGAAUACACAGUUUUAUGUCAGAAACGCCUGGAUCACAGACGGCACCCAAUGAUUUAAGUGAGACAAAAAAAGCCUAUCUUGCCACAACUGCUAAAAUAGCAAAGAAAACCCAACAGCAAAAAGAGCAUCUAAUAAGAACCAGACAAGAAGACGGAUCAUGUUUGUUCCUUUGCCGGUGCCGUUUGUCUUGCCGAGAACUGCCUCUGAUCUCCACGCCUGGCGCCUGAAGUCCCCGCUGGCUCUCCGCUCUCACUCCGAUAUCAGAAUGUCAAAGCCAGUAGAGGUUGAGAAUCCAGCGGCAGACUCUCCGAUGGAGAGCACAGAUUCAGAAAGAAAUGGCUCAGAUUCAAAUAAUCAGGUUCAGCUGAUGAAAAUCAACCCUUUCUCCCUUUCACCCACACUGAGUAGCGGCAACAAAGCUAAGGUGGAGGAUUGUGGUGAGAUGUCUCCCGCUGCACCCGCUCAGACGGCCCUUUCCCACACACAGCUGAUGCUAACGGGUGGCCAGCUCGCAGGGUUGACUGCACUUUUGCCUGCACAGCAACAGCUGCUCUUACAGCAGGCGCAGCUCCUCGCUGCAGCUGUGCAGCAGUCACAUGCGGCCCACGCAGCCAAUCAACAGCAGGCCCAGAAGCAGGCCAAUCAGCAGGCAGCUCAGCCGCAGUCACAUGGCCAAUCGCAGAGCACACAAGAACAAACCGCCUCCCCCGUCCCGCCUCCUCCUCACCAGCUCCCUCUUUCUCAGCCAAUCCAGCUCACUGCCCAGGACAUUCAGCAGUUGUUACAGCUGCAGCAGUUAGUCCUCGUUCCAGGACACACUCUGCCUUCACAGUUUCUUUUACCACAAACGCAGCAAGGGCAGCAAGGGCUGCUAUCAACACCAAAUCUAAUUCCACUACCUCAGCAAAACCAAGGAAGCCUGCUGGCCGGUCCACCAAGACUUAGUCUUCAAGCACAGAGAGAAAAGGUUGCAGAGAGCAGCGCGAACACAGUGACGCAAGUGACCUCUCACCCUGAGGAGCCCAGUGACCUGGAGGAACUGGAGCAAUUUGCCCGCACUUUCAAGCAGAGAAGGAUCAAAUUGGGCUUCACACAGGGUGAUGUGGGAAUGGCCAUGGGGAAACUCUAUGGGAAUGAUUUCAGUCAGACCACCAUCUCUCGAUUUGAGGCUCUCAAUCUCAGCUUUAAGAACAUGUGCAAACUCAAACCUCUGCUGGAGAAGUGGCUGAAUGACGCAGAAACAAUGUCAAUGGACUGCACCUUGCCGAGUCCCAGUGCUCUCUCCUCUCCCUCGCUGGGGUUUGAGGGCCUGCCUGGCCGCCGCAGGAAGAAACGCACCAGCAUUGAGACCAACGUCCGCAUCGCUCUGGAACGCAGCUUCAUCACGAACCAGAAGCCUACCUCAGAGGAGAUCCUGCUCAUCUCAGAGAAGCUCAGCAUGGAGAAGGAGGUGAUCCGCGUCUGGUUCUGCAACCGCCGACAGAAAGAGAAACGUAUUAACCCCUCCAGUGCCACCCCUCCCUUGCCCAGCCAACCCCAGCCCACCUCGCACAAACCCCCCUGCUACAGCCCGCACAUGAUGUCCAGUCAGGGACUAUCCCAGACAGUGAGCAGUCUUAGCACAGCAGUGACCACCAUGUCAUCAGUUUGCCCUUUGACCUCAAGCGGACCCACCUUAAGCUCCGCCUCUUCACCUGUAACCCCGCCGUCACGUGGGGAUGCCAGCCCCGCCCCUCCAACUCACAGUACGCUAAGUUUGAACACAGGUUCAUGGCAUAAAAAGAAUGGUGACGUUUCUAACUACAUCACUGACUUUGCUGCAAGUUUGAGGAAUACGAUGAGGAGCAUUAACACAGGAAUGAACCAAGCUCUUCUUGGCAGCAACCCACUUGCUACUAUUCAAGCCCUAGCAGCCAGUGGUGGUCAGCUGCCCAUUUCCAGUCUUGAAGGCAGCAGCAAGGUGUUAAUUGGUGGUUCUGGGGCCCAAGGAGCAGGUCUUACCUCUUCCCUCUUUCUCAACCACUCCUCUUUGUUGCCCAUGGCAACAGGCCCCGGCAUGGGAUUGGGCGGUUCAGCUGUUGGCAAAACCUCAUUUCCUGUCGCAGGCGGCAUGAGUCCCUCCCCUUGCUCGAGCCCCAUCUCUUCCUGCUCUUCCGGUGAAUUGCUGCACAGCCCGCACUCGAUCGGAGGGGCUAAAAUUGAGUGAUGUUGCCCAAGUCCAAUCACAAACAGAGGAGAAGGGGGAGGUGAAACCUUACCUGUCAACCAAAGCAUCUCUUGAUCCCCUCGCUCCCUUUCGUUUCCUCUCGUUCAUACUCUCUUUCUUCCGCUCUCCCACUCUACUGAUGCCAAAAAUACACAAGAGUAGAAGAGGGGAGAGAUGGAGAGACAGAGUUGAAGGAGGAAGGAAGAAGAGAAGAGGGAAAAUGAAACCAAAAAAAACACCAUGAGGCUUAGCGGGACACAGCCAAAUACGUAAAUUAAAGGAGAAGAAAAAACUAUGUGAGUAGUGUAGUGAGACAAGAGGACAAAAAGAGAUCCUUGAGCACCAAAAACAACAAAAAGUACAAACUUUACUAUGUUGUAGAACAACUCUUUGAAAAAAAAUGAGGAAUAGUGAAUACCAAAAAGUAUAAAAGGAACUUUGAGAGACUCGCUAUGACAAAGAAAUACAAGCAUACCAAAAUCUCAAAUACCAAAAACAAACACCAAAAAAUACAGAUGGAAAAGCUUUAUCCAAAGGACCUGUAAAUAGCCAACCGUCCAGGACCAGACCCAGUGACAACAAUCCAGCCAUCUCUGAGCUCAUCAUCUCAUUUUCCAUGCAAUCAUAUCGUUUUCUUUCAGUUUCUAUGAUUCAAUGUUUCAACAUAAAAUAUGAGCAAGUCGAGCUCAAACGUUCUUGUGUUUCUCUGGUUCUUCCUCGUUCUAGUCUAUUUUUGUUCUCAGAAGUAGCAGAUUUUCCAUUUGUCUUUAUUAAACGUACAUUCAGUACAUCAAAGUUUUAUUAUCAUCAUCAUUACGUCUUAACGAGCGUAUAGAGAGAAUUGGGUGUUUGGUCUUUGAUGUUCAUCCUAAUAGCACCACAUUGCUUGAUACACUUGUUUGUCCAAUGACAUGAAUGUCGUAAAGUGUUAUAAAAGUGAGACCAAGCUCCUCUCUCUAUAGCUUUCACUGCUCUACGUGUAAAUACUCUCAUUUCUCUCUUAAUAAUUAAGCGCUUGCAUGCUUCCCUCACUCACUUUGUCCCUUUUCAAUACCAAAGCGAUUCAUUCAUACAUGAUCCAUUCACCAUUCACAUGAUGCAGAAAGAGAUCGGGGACCCAAACUUUGACAAGGCCGCUCUGGUAAGACAGCAUGUCGUGGGAUCUGUCGCAUGUGAAAGGGCUCCUAUCCUCUCUGCUUCUUCUACAAACCAAAAACUUGUGAAACUUCACAGCCAGCCAAACUUCCCAGAAAGGAAAAACAAAAAUAAACCAAGCCAAAAACGAAUCGAGGCGCAAAACGAGUCACUGUACAGAAAAAAAAAAACAGCAUCCCUUCAUGCAUCUCUGGACCGAGGUCACCCAGAACCGGGUAGCAAGGGAUCUGGCUCCACCUUCUGUCAUUCAAAGUCUUUCUGGUCCUGGGUGGCGGGAUCUUUGAUGACCUCACUGGACUCAUCUGAAGAUGAAGAUGUUUCGGGUUCAUUUGGGGGUUGGGAGGGUUGUUUCUUUCGUUCCGUCUGUCUGUUUUGUGGGGCUCUUCUCAGCUGUGUAUGUAGAUUUGUGUGCUUUCAUUUGGGAAAAAGGAAUUCACGUAUUUGCGGAAAUCUCAUUUUUUUUACGUUCCUUACUUGUUCCUAUCUAGUUGUGUUAGAGACUCUAAUCAGGUGGUUGAAACAAUACUGUGAAAUCAGUUCAACAGACAAGAAACCAGGAUAAACAUGCUCAAGUACAUCCAAAGAACCAAAGUCAAGUAUAAACAAGCUUUAAAGAGAACCAAAUAUCCCAUACACAACUAUUCACAUGCUCUCAUCCACCUUACCGUUGUAUUUAUAUCGUGCCGAAAUCUGUAGUCGGUGAGCGCUGCAGGUUCAACGAGGGAUAGAUACAUGAACUCUACGUUCUCUACGUUAUUGUAUAGUCCGAAUGGGUCAGUUAGUGCUUCUCUAGAUUUUGUAGUAAAUGAUCUAUGUUAUAAUGCUUACUAAUUGCUUAUGUAUGGAAGAAAACAUUGUGAAAAGAUAAAAAAAAUGUUGAUAUUUACUUAGACCAAAAAUUCACACUCUCUCUCUCUUUUGGGUUUUUCUGUUUUCUUCCUCCCCCGUUUUAAAGAAAUUGAUUUUGUUAUUUAUUCUCCUCUUGCUCGUUUGUGAAUUUUCUUAACAGACCUUUUUUAUUAUUCAUAUUAUUUUUAUUUAUUUAAUAUAUUCCAAAUGCUGUUUUGUAGUGGGUGUGUUUGAGGCACCAGAUUGUAUUCAAAUGUAAACUUCCUUUGCCAAGGCGACCUUUCAAACCAAAUCCAUCGACAAAUGCAACCGUCGGUCCGAACGGACCGGCCACUAAUCGACAGCCUGGGGGUGGACACUUGUCUUCUCGACCUCUUAGCUGUUCCUUACUGGACAGAGCCUGUGGAGGGAAACCUAUCAGGGGAAAAUGCAGCACUGUGCUUCUUCUGCUCAAAUGUUUCGGUAGCUUUCAUUCAAUGCUGAAGUAACCUUCCAGAGUAAAAGCACGCACUGCCAUGGCUCAGAAGGGAUACGGUUCUGUAGGAACCUGCAUUGUGUAUGAACGUACAGUACCUGUCUCACCACUGCUGAUGUUACCGAUCGUGUUGCUAUGGUUACUGUUGUGAUGGCUACCAUGUCUGUGUGCAUGUGUGUGUGUGAUGGCGUUGAGCGCAGUGCUGCCGUGAGCCUUGACCUGAAAGCUUUAAACAGCUACAAAACCAAAAACUUUAGGAGAGAAAAGAUGGGGGCAUUUGGGGUUCCUGGAGAGAAAAUACAGCAAAAUGUAUGUAUUGUAUGAUAGCAGCGGAAAUGUAUCCGUGCUCCAUCUUCGUCUCUGCCUCACUCCUCCUCCUCCUCCUCUUUGUCCUACUUCUAAUCCUGCUUUUUGUAUUUAUUUUAUAGCGUGUCUGUUGUUCUGUCUCCUGGCUAUGGGGGUGUGGAAGAGAGAUAUUUCCUCAUAUAUACCUCACUCUCUAAACAACAAACCAAAUAGAUGAAUGUUUUAAAACGGAGAAGCGUGGUCCAUCCGUCUGUAGGACGCGUGUUCGGAUUGGCGAGGGAAUGUUUCGAUGAAAGAUUAGCAGGGGUCAGUUGUAUAAGCAUAGCCAUUAUGUUAAGACUGUGUCUUAAGAAUUAGUAUGACCAACUAGCAGUAAGUUAAGGGUAAUCAGUCUUACUGUUCGGUAUCAACAUUAUGUAACUGAUUUAAAAACGUUUUAAAAACAGUCUUAAAGUGAAAAAUUUGAUUACUAAAGACCAAUUUAUGCGUCUGUGUCGAGUGUAUGCUGACGCCGCAUGAGCAUUUAUAUUUCUGUGUUUCACAUGGGGUGCCUAGCUUGUCUGCGCCCUCCUACGCACUUCCGCUCAAUUUCAUUUUACUUCUGAAUGAAAUGAACUAGAGUCUGGUUGAACCAGGCUAUGGGGUGCCAGCCAAGACAAAGAAAUAAAAACACCAGGACUUUUUUCCUGCCUGGGUCCCCACUCCUUGUGGCGAGUUUUUUACUUACGCGAACAUAAAAAGAUGGAGUUCUUCCCUCGCUUCAUGCAUUCAGCUACCUCCAAAACAACUUCAGAGGAAAUCUCUCUCCACGAAUUCGCUGCCAUCUAGCAAUCUUUGUAUUUGGCUGAAGAUACUUACAGAUACCUGUAUUUCUGCACCUCUUCAAUUAAUCGCUUGCUCACUUAGUCCAUGUCCAUGUUCGCCAUAUUGUUCACUGAACUUAAAAAUGGCGUCGCAGAAGAACACGCUGGAAAUGUUUAGGAGGAAAUGCGAUGCUACCAAGCCGACCAAUCACAGAUAUUGUGGUCUGCAUUGUGGCGAUGUAUAGUUACAUUUUGGGGGAGGUGCUUGUUAGUGUGCGGUGUAGGGUAAACGACUAUGCGCAGGCUACACCGUACCUCAUGCGUAAACUCAACGCAGAAGUAUAAACUGGGCUUAACUUGUAAAACUAGUCAGUUUAUGCAACCAACUACAGGGAUGAAGAUGAAAGCACUCAAAGAACUUAAUUAAAAGAUUGAUGCUCUGCCAUGUUUACUCCUUCGUCCCUUGGGACCACUUUUCCAGUCACCAAACAGGGCAGGAUACAUACACACACCUUUUUAAUAUAAUUGUACACACACUUAAUGUGCAUGUUUAUGUAUAUAAGAUGACUGAGAGUGGGCGGGACCGUGUUCAAAGUGUAAAAAGGCUCUCAGUGGCGUAAAUCUUUAGAGAAUGAUACCAAAGCAACAGGCCAUUCGAUGUCCGAACACAACACACACGCUCCCUAAAGUCUGUACACAGUCCUUGAGUUUGAUUCGCAUUGGUUUUCACUUUAUUAAUCAGUAACAAUCGCAUAAGGGUGAAAAAGAAAAAACUAAUCAUAGCAUUAUUUGAAAAGGCCUGACCAAGAGAACUGCAAGUCUUUUCCUUUUCACUUCACUCUCUGAUUUAUCUCUGUCAAUAUAUACAUACAUUAAAAAAAGAAUUUAAAAAAUACCAGCUUCAGUCCAAAGGUGUUUAAAUAGUUUUUUUUUUCUUAAAUAGCAAAUAACUUAUACACAUCUAGUUAAACCAAAGAGCUACACUAACACACCCUCAGCUGUUUUCUUUUGUCUCUUUCCCUGGUCACCUAGCAACCCAGUUUCUGAAGGUAAAUCCUCAACUAUCCAAAGUAACAUACGAUGAAGAUCAUGAUGAAAUGUAUAUUUUUAAUUAUUCAUUAUUUAGGGACAAAUCUUCAUGAUGACUUAGUAUGUUUGUGAUACUUUUUUAUUUUUUGUGGGGGUUAGUGAUGUUGAUCUGUCCCCUGAAUCUUCUCUCUGAUUUUAUGUUCUCUGCUCACUAAAGGAGAGCAUGUGGGUACGUCAUACGUGCUCAUGUGCGCGUAAACGUAUUUUACACUCUAAAACAGAGCAGAUAUGCAGUUAUUUUGGCAGUGUGGAUAUGUGCGUGAACGUGUAGUAGGCUACGUCUGUUUUGUUUGUAUGAUGUAGGCUACGUUUCCAUGUUUUUACCCUUUCCAGUCUUAGUUUUUUUUUUCUCCUUUGAGUUGAGCAAUUCCUUUUUCUUCUCUUCUGUCCUCCGUGUCUCUUUUCCUCCUUAUGGUGACAGGUUAGCCUUUCAGUGUAAUUAUCUCUGAAACCAAAAAAUAGUUGACAAAUAAAUCGCUUGUUCAUUGUACAGUGUUGUUCAUUUAAAGUCAUUUUUGUAACUGGAAGUGUUUCACUCAUCUGAAUAAAAACGGUAGAGAGAAAAAA